GCUGAGCUGCGAUCGUGCCUUCAUGUGCCUUCUCUAGAGCUCCAGUUUUUUCGCUCUUUCUCUAAGCUCACUUGAUUGUCCCGAGUACUCCUGGCGCACGUGUGUAUUUCUGAGUCGCUCUUCACAGGCUCAUUCACUAAGGUUUUCUAUUCACGCAGCUGAAAAGGAGUAGCAGUAGCUGCGCAACAAUACCAAAGAGGUUUUUCUACGGGCGUCUUCUGAUUUGCAUUCGUGGUGGGUGUUCCGGAAGUUGAUAUAAGGGAUUUGUGGCACCAAGGACGUGGAAGAACGCCAGAAUUCGAGUACAGUGGAAGUGUCACCUGCAAUGGACAUUACUCUAUCAGGUCUCUUCAUUUUCUUCAUCACCAUCUGUGUUGUAAAUGCCGUUGACAGAUCCGCGGAUGGUGGUGAUGCAGGAACCGCUAGUCACUGGCCUACUCACGUUCCUGUUCUUCCUCUUCCACCAACUCCUACAGGCACAUUAACGACACAAGCAAUUUAUCUCAGACGAGCUUUAACAGGCUGUUUCUGAAGCUACUGCCACACAGCAAAAAAAAAAAAUCAGUGAUACAAUGCAAUGUGAAAGUACGAGACUAAUGAAACUAUAAAUAUUUUAACAUAAAAGCGAUGGGUGAAGUUUUUGAGGUGUGUGAAAUGAGAAGUUUGGUGUAGCGUGUAGUAGUAGUGCUCCGUAGAGCCUGAGGUCAUUGCCCCCUCCAGCACCACAAUAAUAAGUUAGCCUUAGUCCCAGUUGUACCCUUUCAGGUACAUCUACAGUUUGCUACACUUAUAUUUCCUUAUUUUCUUUUAUUUUUAGUUUACCGAUCGCCUUCAUCUAUAACAUAUGGCCAGCAGAGAGUUAUUUACUUUAUUUGGGGAGAAUAUGGAUGCUUACUGAAAUAGUGCGAGUGACGGGAAGAUAAUGCACUUACGUGAAUCUUGAUAAAGUGAUAACCUAACCUAUCGAAGUGAAUUUAUCAGAUCUUGUUACUGCUCAGCCAUCUGUUGAACUUGUUCUGAUUUUAGAGUGACCUCUCAGUGCUACCAGCUUCACUCGCCUUGCCUCCUUAAAACUAAAAGAUCAUUUAAGGAAAAAGCUGAGCCAUGAAAAUUCGUUGCUUUGUGUGAGAAUAUAUGUGUUUUAUUUAGCUUUUUCAACCUGGGGAUUUAUCAGCUAGUCUCAUCAGCGCUAGGACGUUGCUCGACUAUGUUAUGAUGACCUGCUGAUGUCAUAACCUGCUGACGUGAUGACCUGCUAACGUGAUGGCCUGCUGACGUGGUAGAGCAUCACAGUGAGAGCAGGUGUGCAAGGGCACCUGCUGGAAGGGGGACGUCUCCUGCCAAGAUGGACUCUAUCUGGUCCACUAGGCGGUAUGCGCCCGUUACCGUCGACAUCGACCUCCUCACACUCAAAGGAAAGAAGAUCCUAAAAGCAGCGUCGGAGAAGACCAAGCGGACGAAGGCGCCACUGCAACACUUCCAGAAAACCCCACCGCACUUGCACAUUCAGAUGGAACCUGCCGAGGGCGAGCCUCUGAAACAGCAGACAGAUCUUCCAGAUAUUACACCGAUAACGGUUGGUUGGCCUCGGCGUCGACCCCUCGAUGUGGUGUUCAACGACGUCAGCCUCGUCUUGGAGAAGACCUCCAUCCUGUCAGGUGUGGGUGGUGCCUGCAAGCCAGGGGAGGUCCUAGCUAUCAUGGGUCCCUCAGGCAAGUCUUCACUCUCAACGUGUUUGAUAUUUGAACCAACCUCAGGACUGGACUCAAGUACAGCACAUAGUCUGAUGUCAACACUCAAGCAGUUUGCAGAGAAGGAGCACAAAACCGUCAUAGCAACUCUCCAUCAACCUUCCUCACAAAUAUUUUACAUGGUUGAUCGGUUACUUCUACUCUGUAAUGGCCAAAAUGCAUAUUUUGGAGACACAAGAAAAGUAGUUGAUCACUUUUCCAGUCUAGGUCUUCCGAUUGCCCCUCACUACAACCCUGCAGAUUUUAUACUGGAGCAAGUUAAAGGACCACCUGAAGUGCAAGAACGAUUAAUUCAAGGUGCUAAAGAAGGAAUAAGAUUGAACUUUAAUCUUCCGCAGAAUAUCACACUGCAAACAUCUCCAUCCAUUCAGUCUCUGUACUCCAAAUACCUCUCCUUACCUACUGUACAUGUAAGAUCAGGUGUCGACAAUAACCAUUGUUCGUGGAAUAAUGAAUGCUCAGCAUGUCAACAACAAAGCCAACAUUAUCAACAAAAAUGCCCAACUGAAGUCUCUGUCACUAUAGAUAUAGGCAAAAAAGAAUCUCCAAUUUAUAAUAAAAUAGUUGUGGGUGAAGAAGAGGAUAGUGGUCGGUCAUCCUGGUCAGAGGAGACAGGAAGCGAGACCUCACGAACAACUUCAAGGUGUGAAGAAUACACAGAUAUGCAAUGGCCUACAUCUUUCUUCACACAGUUUAAGGUGCUGACGCAGCGGAACUUUUGUGUGGCUCGUCCCAUCAUCUUGUCGUGGCUCAACGGGGCUCAGACGCUGAUUCUGGCUGUAAUCGCAGGACUGCUGUGGUAUCAAUCACCGCGCACUGAAGAAAGCCUUCAAGACAUUCAGGGAUGGAUGUUCUUCUCUACACAUUACUGGAUGUUGUUCAUACUGUUUGCUGCUCUCCAGUCAUUUCCAGCUGAGCGUGAAGUGAUAACAAAGGAGCGUGCCAGUGGAUCGUACAGAGUGAGUGCAUACUACUUAGCGAAGAUGGUAGGGGAACUGCCUUUAACAUUCACACUGCCGACUAUAUACUUCCUAAUCUCAUAUACGAUGAUGGGUUGGGAUAACAUCAUCACUGGCUUUAUGCUGCUCUUCAUGCUGCUGCUCAACACGCUAGUUGCACAGAGUGUGGGCUUACUCAUAGGAGCAGUGUGCUAUGACCUUCAAGUUGGUAUUACCAUUGCGGCAAUAUUUACACUCUUCACGCAGUUAUUUGGAGGAUACUUAGCAAAUCGAAUUCCACCAUGGCUUGCCUGGGCCAAGUACCUCUCCAUGAUUCACUAUGCCUUCCAAAAUAUGAAUAUAAUUCAGUUUACUUAUGGAAUGAAUAUAAGUUGUUCUUCGGAGAAUUCACGCUUCAACAGUUGUGUUGAAAUUGUUCAUUCUGACGAUGAUUUACAUUCCAUUCCUUUUGAUGAAAUCCUGGCAGAAAGAGGACAACCGCUUCCUCUUUGGGUAAACACUGUCAUCCUCAUCGGCUUUAUGAUUGCAGUGCGACUUUUGACCUAUGUAAUGCUCAGAUUCCUUCAUCGUCCGAAGUAGCAUCAGUUGUAAAGAGAAUACAGUAUAUUCCAAAAAAAAAAAAAAAUGAUCCGUUCUGGAUUUCUAUAAUGCUCAGAUUUUACUAGUAUGUUCUAAUACUAAACGAAAAAAAAAAAUAAGCAAGUUAAGUGAUGGUAAAGGAUCUUCAGUUCCUUGGUGAGAAAUGGGGGGGAGGGCAGCUAAGUGUCAUGGGACACAAGUGAGCAACUAUACUGUAUCAUACAAGGCUGUGAUCUACUCAACUUGAUUGCUUCCAAACUGCGAGAAAGGAGAAGGAUGAUGGCACUCGUGAAGGCAUGGAAAUAGUGCUCUCGUUCUUUUUUCUUAAAUGCUGUUACAGUAUUGGAGAUAUAGGCGCUAAACAUUUUCAGGUGAUGUAAUGAAAAGAUUCAGUUGACAUUCUCAGAUUCAAUGACUGUCAGUGACUUAGUGGAAAUAAGCAAUUAUGAGGAAAGCACUGAACAAGGGUCCCAGAUGAUGGUCAUCACAUGAGUUGGAUCUAUGUUAUAAUAGUGUUCACCUUAACAUAAUGCCAUCAUUUGGAAGAAUCAUAAACCUAAUUCUUGAACUUCUGUAUUUAUGGGAGAAAACAUAGAAUAAAGAAUGAAAUAAGGUUUAAAGUUGUCCAUAAAGAAUGUGUUUUUAAUCUAAAUGAAUAGACCGUGUAUUCAUGCUUUGUUAUACAGAAGACUUUUAUAAAAUGAAGAAAUCAUGUAUAUUUAGAUUUGUCUGGCAAGUUGAGUUUAAUUAUACAAAGCUUUCUAUUUGCUUCUAUUCAAAAUAUUUAUGAAGAGCUGAUUUAUAAAUACUCUAAGAUCAAGCAGUAAUGCAGAAGUUAUCUUCCAAAUGCACUUAAUUUGUUUGCCAAACGGUGAAGACACUUGAUAACAUUACCAUGAUCUGUACCAAGUCUGUACUGGUAUUACUGAUAACUAAAUAUUAAACUUGAAAAUAUUUUCCUAUGUAUGUAUUUAUAAAAUUUAUUAGUAAUGUGAAAUAUAAAAAAAUACUGUGUAAGAUGGUGAAUAUAAAAACUUGCUGUGUACAAGACUAAACAAAAAGAAAAAGAAGAAAAGGUCUCCAGCUUAUGCUUUCAGGAGAUUCAGAAAUGAUGCAUGUGUGAGAAGAAAGAUUGUUUCAUGGCCCCACAAGCAGAUCUUUCAUUGUGUAUGUGACUGGCCAAAGAGAACUCAUCUUUGAUUCAUGAGAUAUUAUUUUCCACUGUAAUAUACAUAGGCAACAGUCUUGUGGGAUUGUGGUCACAUAUACUGAAAGGAAGUGCUGUGAAAAAUAGAAAUUUUGUAAAGAGGAAUGAUGGUAAGAAAUCUUUUGAUUCAGUUUAGCAAACAAUAUACUGUAAAGAGUGAAUGUGAUAUGCUGAUAAUGAAAAAUUGUGAACAGAAAAUCUGCACAGUCAACAAAAGUGAUGGAUAUAAUAUCCUGCCAAAAACUGCUUAUUAAAAUCCCUGAACUUUGGAGAACACGAAUAACGCUCCAGUGGUGGAUGAAAUAAAGAAUGGUGAACAGAGGCUAAGGCUGUGGUUGUGCCAAUCUUUGUGACACAUACAAGACAUCAUCAGGUUCUUUUUUUACCAUAACUUUAUACUGGUAUAAGAAGCAUUUUCUUUUCUUAUUUGAAAGAAAAUAUCUUUGUAGAACCAUUAGUGUUGGCUACUAUACUUCAUGAGAAUCUUCAUUAGUUACCAGUCACAACUCGAGCUCACUUGCACUUUAGACUCUCAUGUCAGUUUACAGAGAAACGGGUCUUACAUUUUAUAUUGUUGAUUCAAUUUCUUCUCAUGCCCUGAAGUUUUCUGUAGUGCAAAUUCUAAUGGAAAUGUUGUUAUGCUUUCAAUAUGUUACUGGGAGUGAAAACGUGUAUCAAAAGCAGCUGUGCCAUGAGAAGGAAUGCCACUCUGUCACAUAGAGACUUGCACAAUAAAACUAUGUAACUCGUAUCAGAGGCUUAAAAUGUCAUUAAAAACCAUGCAGUCAUUUCCUUACUUCUUUCCGUCACUACAUAUAUGUCGUGCCGAAUAGGUAAAGCUUUUCUUGCCAAAUAAGGCAAGCGAAAAUUUGUGUAUGCAAUAAUUUGGCAAAAAUCAUUCUGAACCUAACGAAAAACAUAUAUUUCAUUGUGUCUGUUUAUCAUCAAAUUAUUGUAAACUUAUAUAAAAUAUAUUUAGUUUGAUUAGGUUAAAUUAAAUUGCGCUUAUUAUCAUAAGAUUAGGUAAGUUUUCUAAGGUUCUUUUGGUACAAAAUUAUUAAUUUUUACAUUAACAUAAAUGAAAAAUAUAUAUUUAAACGAGUUCUUGCUAACUGACAAUUUUUAUCUA